GUGCUCGUACGUUGAGAGGCGGCGCGUGAGGAGAGGUUAAAGUUGACGCUUCCGGCCGGUGUCUCUCUUCAGCUCUCCGCUCCCCGCAGACAGUCCUUCACUCCGCACAGCCAUGUCCAACGUCGCCGAUACCAAACUAUACGACAUUCUUGGGGUCUCCCCCUCUGCCUCCGAAAACGAGCUGAAAAAGGCUUAUCGGAAAUUAGCAAAGGAAUAUCACCCUGACAAAAACCCAAAUGCUGGAGAUAAAUUCAAAGAGAUUAGCUUUGCUUAUGAAGUACUAACUAACCCAGAGAAGAAGGAUUUGUACGACCGUUAUGGGGAACAGGGUUUGCGAGAAGGUGGCUGUGGAGGAGGCGGGAUGGAUGACAUCUUUUCCCAUAUCUUUGGCGGCGGUCUCUUCGGCUUCAUGGGUGGACAGGGUCGGAGCAGGAACGGAGGGCGGCGGAGAGGGGAAGAUAUGGUCCACCCCCUGAACCCCAAUGUUCUGUGUAGCACUUGUAAUGGUCAAGGCGGGAAGUCUGGUGCAGUCCAGAAGUGCACAGCCUGCAGGGGGCGUGGUAUGCGCAUUAUGAUCAGACAACUGGCUCCUGGCAUGGUCCAACAGAUGCAGUCAGUGUGCACUGAUUGUAACGGUGAAGGUGAGGUGAUCAGUGAGAAGGAUCGCUGCAAAAAGUGUGAGGGGAAGAAGGUGAUUAAAGAGGUGAAGAUUCUGGAAGUGCAUGUGGAUAAAGGUAUGAAGCACGGACAGAAGAUCACCUUCGGCGGGGAGGCUGACCAAGCACCUGGAUUAGAACCUGGAGACAUUGUCCUGGUUCUGCAGGAAAAAGAUCAUGAGACGUUCAGAAGAGAAGGCAACGACUUGCACAUGACCCAUAAGAUCGGCCUUGUUGAAGCACUUUGUGGUUUCCAUUUCACAUUGAAACACUUAGAUGGUAGACAGAUUGUGGUGAAAUACCCAGCUGGUAAAGUCAUUGAGCCAGGUUCAGUCAGAGUUGUUAGAGGAGAGGGCAUGCCACACUACCGUAACCCCUUCGAGAAGGGUGACCUGUUCAUCAAGUUUGACGUGCAGUUCCCAGACAACAAUUGGUUAAGCCCAGAGAAGCUGUCGGAGUUGGAGGACUUGUUGCCCACACGAGCUGAUCCACCAGUCAUCUCUGGAGACGCAGAGGAAGUGGACCUGCAGGAGUUUGUAAGCCAGAGCUCCUCUGGUGGUCACCGCCGUGAGGCAUACAACGACAGCUCGGAUGAAGAAGGAGGGCAUCACGGUCCUGGCGUGCAGUGUGCCCAUCAGUAACUACAGCAAAUAUCUUGUCCGGCUCCAACAGCGGGGAUUAAAAAAAUGAUCUAGUUGCACAACAAACAGGUGUUUAUAAUCUGAUUCAGGGCUGCCUUAAAUGAUGAGAAUUACAUACAGCCAUUCCUGUCCACCCGAUUCCCUUGUAGUAAACGCACAGAUGAUCCCGCAUCUAGUAACUCUUUCUUGCCCCUCAUCCUCUCCCUGCGGCCCUUUAGAGGCAACCCCAGUUCAAAGAGAAAAGGGUAAUUGCUACGUACUUUGUGUAACUUGCAUUUUUUUCUUGUCAUAGUAUUCACAAAUUUAAAUCUAACCAUAAAACAUUUUUGGCCCUGGACUUGAGACUUUUUUGUUGUUGUUGGAGAGCAAUGACCUAACUGAAGAGGAGUUGAGAGAUCCUAAAACAACAAAAUAGAAAUGGGACAUUAUCACCAAUCCAUUUUUAGGUUUGUUUGUAUCGGUGCGCAAUUUUUACCACUUUAUUUUAUUUGUAAACUUUUUUUUUUUCCUUUCUUUUGGUAUUUUAAUUGGAACAAGAGACUAUAACAUGUAUAAAAUAAAUGAUUGUCAUUUAAGCUUUGUAUCAGCUGCUGUCACAUUUGAGUGUUUUAUGUUUUGUUUUGAAAUAGUUGGAAUAAAAUCAAUUGCCUAUCUGUCAGCAAUCCAGGUGCAUGUUGAACAUUUUGGUCCCUUCACUGAUUGAAAGAGAGAGAUGUGCAUAAUGAAAUGAGUGGAGGAAAAAGCACCUUUAUUAUAGGCUUAUAUCUUCUGUGAAAAAGUUUGAGUUGUUGAAUAAAAUGUCCUUCAAUAUCUCCUCAA